UGAGACCGGAACGCAGAAGUCUAGCUCUGACGCGCAGUCUAUCUUCAGCCCUUGCUGUCUAAAAUUAAUUGUGGAGAGGGCUUCGAAACAUCUUUGGGACACUACCACCAUGGACGCAUUUCAAGUAUUAUCGUUAUAUUUGUUACUCAUCUUCAUUUGGAAUAUACCAUGUUUUCAGUCAGCUGCCAUCAUAUCGCCCUCUGUGCCAAGGAGAAACAAGGGAGCCAAGAUCCUUCAUGAUGGACAAAGGUCAACCAAAUUUCUCAAAGAGAUCUUCGCAUCUUCUCCUAUCUUAAGCCAUCACCAAGAAGACUUUAAUAAGGAAGCAAUUGUGCCCCACGAUUACAUGCUUUCCAUAUACAGGACGUAUUCGGCUGCAGAGAGACUCGGACUAAACGCAAGUUUUUUCCGCUCCUCAAAGUCUGCAAACACCAUAACAAGUUUUGUGGACAGAGGAACAGACGAUCUCUUGCACUCUCCUUUGCGAAGACAAAAGUAUCUGUUUGAUGUCUCAACCCUUUCAGACAAAGAGGAGUUGGUUGGAGCUGAAUUAAGGAUAUUUAGAAAAGUGCCCGGGGAUUUGCAAACGUCCCCGACAGGUCUCUAUGACAUUCAAUUACUCUCCUGUCGAUCAGAACGGCUACUGGAUUCCAGAUCCCUUGAUCCUCUGGAUUCCCGAAAACCAGGAUGGGAGGUUUUGGACGUGUGGGAAAUGUUUAAAAACCGGCAUCACUCUGAUCAGGGGAGCCAGCUUUGUCUCCAGCUCAAGGGCACUCUUAGUAAAUCAGAAAUGGAAAUCGAUUUAAAACAGAUGGGAUUUGACAGAACCGGCCGAACCCAGCAAGAGAAGGCCAUCUUGGUGGUUUACACCAGGUCCAAGAAAAGGGAGAACCUGUUCAACGAAAUGAAAGAGAAGAUCAAGUCGCGUGGAUCAGGGAGCAGGUCGGAGGAGGAGAGGGGCCUGCAGUUCAAAGCCAGGCGCCGUCGGAGGACUGCAUUGAACAAUCGGCAUGGGAAAAGACAUGGCAAAAAGUCAAAAUCUAGAUGCAGCAAAAAGGCUCUGCACGUUAAUUUUAAAGAGCUAGGGUGGGAUGACUGGAUCAUUGCGCCAUUGGAUUAUGAGGCGUACCACUGCGAGGGUGUGUGCGACUUCCCUUUGAGAUCGCAUUUAGAGCCGACAAACCAUGCCAUCAUUCAAACUCUCAUGAAUUCAAUGGACCCCAAUAGCACACCUCCUAGCUGUUGUGUUCCCACCAAACUAAGUCCCAUCAGCAUUCUUUACAUAGACUCGGGCAAUAACGUUGUGUACAAACAGUACGAGGACAUGGUGGUAGAGCAGUGUGGCUGCAGGUAGCGUCCUAUUCUACUGCGACACUUUCAAGUAUUUAAACCCCGUAAAAUCAAAGAUAUGUCAGUCGGUCCAGGUCAGAAUAUGAAAGCUGUGGCAUAUCUGAUGCAUAUAGACCCAUGCGUUGGCGCGCCUAAACUUCAUUCAAAAGGGAUCCGCGAGAGACAUUAUUUGUAGUGUAGGCCUAUGCAAGCGUAUUUAUUUUGGUCAAAUUUAAACUCAGUACAAUCUCACAUAGCCUUAGCUGUCCAAUUGUUGUGUUAAACUAAUACAUACUCCUAGCCUACUUUUCCAUCCGUCUGAUAUGUUUUUCAGUGGCAUAGUCUAUUGUUUUGCCAGGCCCCGACAUGGAUAGACAGGUCGUCAUAAACCAUUAGUCCGCAGGAGAGGAGUGGGUAUCAACAUGCUAGUGAUAGGCUAUUAUUUGUUAAUGUCUGAGCAGGCUUGGAAUUGUUGGUCUUCCAUCAGUGGACUGCGUCCGAAAUGUGCACAGUGGAAUGCACCUGUUCAAACUAGGCCGCAGUCACAGGAUAGCCCUUGUGCAUUGUUGCAGCUCCCUUCAACAGUCUUGCAAAGAGGACUCAUUUGUAGCGGGUGUUUCCAGGCUCACUGCCAGUGUCCAGCAGAAACUAUCGAGCUCUUCUGAUGCGUAAUCGGCCCUAGCCCCCCCCCCCCCUCUCUCUCUCUGUCUCUCUCUCUCCAAAAUGUGAAUGUAAUCUACCAAACACACAAUGGGCUCUGAGGAAAAGAGAUAGCGCAGGUAUGCCUACAAGAGAUUUCCCUGUGCGCCCUGCUUCAUCGGAAUGGAGUGCGCGCUCGAGUCACCACAGCCGGGGGAAACGAAUGCAAGAGACGAUUAUAAACAUGGGCUCAAUGGACAUAGACAUUCGUAUUGUGGCUGCCAUUGACAGCUGACUGUAUCUCGAUGACUUGCUGAAGGCACAGUGAAAGGCAGUUGGACCCGGUUGCGCACAGGAGCACGUGGGGACACCAGAGGCCACGUUAAAUAAUCAAGACAAACAUUAGCAUCUUCAACGUCUGCAUCUUUACGAAAGGCACUUCAACAACUGACUGCGCCAAUGUCAUGUAGUCAGGAAGAACGCCUUUUUCAUGAUAAAUCGACUGACCAGAAAAGACUCGCAAACGAGAUGAUAUUUAAAUGCACAUUAGCUUUGAAUGCACUGCUGUUCAUUAUUUGAGCUGUAAAUAUUUGUAUAGUUAAAACUUUACAAGUGCACCGAAUGAAGAAAUGACAAAAUGCAUUUCUUUGUAAAUGUACAUACUUUAAAUGCACUCAAAUCGUUAUAAUAUCUAUUCUAUAAUAAUUUUAUUAAUUGUGAUGUACAGAGUUUCAUGAUAAUCAUAUAUUUCUUACACUGAUAAGAGUAAUUUAAGCUGUAUAAAAACAUUUGAGGGUGGAAAUACCAUUAUUGAUGUCUACCUCAUAAUUACCUAGGUUCUGAGUUCUGAGGUGCAUUCAACUGUGUUAAGUUCUUUUUAAAUGAUAUAUGAAAUUAUACAAUUAUA